AAAAAUUCAAAGAUAAGGAAAGAAACUGUAUUAACUGCCUCGCGACUACACUUGAGAAAGCCGCGAUAAUGGUGUUUUCCGUCAAUCCUUGCCUUCCACUCUCUCCUUUACUCAAACAUAGCAUUUCGCCUGCAGUUUCCUGGGUUCCCUGCAAGCCUCCCGAUUCCCUCCAAAUCUCUCGGCUCGGCCAAUAUCAUCGACCCCAAUUUGCUGUCUCAGUUGCGUUUAAUCCUCAAGGCAAUUUCGACAUCUCUUUGUUUGAAGAAGAUGAUUCUCCUGAAGUUGCACCUCCUAUGCCCCCAACUGAAGGCAGAUUUGAAGUGGUUAUUGACAAUAAAGUUAUUAGUAGUCUUGAUUUGUCCACCUUUCAAUCUGCCACUGGCAUGAAAUCUCCUUUGUCUGUUAAUCCAAAAGAAUAUCUUGAGCGAACAAUUGGCUUUACCAUCAAUUAUACUAGAGAAGAUCCGCGUGAUCCUCGGGAACUAUCAGAGUUUCCUGAUGUCAGACUCUGGUUUGUGAGGCUUGAUGCUACUUAUCCAUGGCUUCCUGUCUUGUUGGAUUGGAGAGCUGGAGAAUUGGCCCGUUAUGCUGCCAUGUUGGUUCCUCAUCAGAUGAAUAUAAGAAUGGGAGUAGUGUUCAAUCCCGAGGCACUGGAACUGUUUGUGAUGAAGAAGGUUUUCAUUGUGUACUCGUGGUUGAAGCAUCAUAACAUUCCAAAACCAGAAUUGAAGACAAGUGACAUGGCCAGGAUGCUUGGAUUUGGAAUUGGGAAUGAAUUGUAUGACUUGAUUGAGAACUACCCACUUGAUCUAUCAUAACAAGACACACAAGAUCAAUUUUGUUUUAGCUAAAGGGCAGCUAGAGAUAAUAACUCUCAGCCUUCUUUUUCUUUGCCCAGAACAAGUGAUUUUCAUGUAUCCAACAAUAAAACAGAAUAGUCUCUUUAUAUUUGCAGAAUAUACUGUAUCUUGUAAAAUUGUAGAAAGUAAUAAUACAAUGGAAUUAUCAUUGAUAUAUCAAUAAAGAUGGUAAGAAGUAGUGUUUUUUACAAA